CUAUUUAAAUUAAACUCAAUUAAGUUUAUAUUCCCAGGUUGGUGAUAUAGCCUAGGCAAUUUUAGACGCUUAUCAUAUCUUGCUUCACAGGCGUGUUUUGGCGGGUUGAUUUUGUGGGAAACAUUUCUUUUUGCCUUUAACUUUUUUUUUUUUUAAUUACUUGUUAAUAUUGUUUGUGUCUGUGUUAAUAUUGAGAUCUGAUUGAGAUUCCUUUUUGCUGAGGCUCAUUUUGAUUAACAGAUUAACAUCUGUCAACUUCUUUAUGAUCUAGUAAUAAAACUAGUAAUCUGAAUAUUUACUUUAAUAAAAAAAAAAUGUUUGACUCUCUCUAAACUUAUUAAAAACAGCCAAACCAGUCGGGCCCGCAUGUCCAAACAUAGGUAAAGUGAAUUUAAAAAGAAAAAGUGUAAUAAAACUAGCCACUUCAACUAUUAAAACAUUUUUAAUCAUUUAAAGUAUAGUUGACAAAGAGAAGACAUGCAUAAACUGGACAUAAAAAUCAUGAUUAUUCAAUUGCUUUGCACUAGCUUGACAACAGAGGCUACGUCAUGAACCGCAAGCGGCUUAAGCUCAUUAUCUUCUUUUCAGACAGCAGCAUGUUUCUUUGGAAUAACGGACGAUGUUAUCAAUCAAAACCCUUUCAGAGACUUUUGAAGGAGAGUGUUGGAUAUCUGUUAUGUGUUGUUUACUGCUUGCCUGUUUGUAUGUUGGGAGUUUGUAUGUAUGGAGGGGCAACAGCUUACCCAGGGAUCACCCAAACACAAUAAAAAGGCGUUUUAUCAGUGUUUUGUGUGUGUCAGCUGUUUCACCACUGGUUGUACUGGCAUGGACUCAUUACAUGAAAGUCAGGCCAAGUCCACCAUUGUGGGCCCUGCUGGGCAUUCGUCUAGAGGGCUUUUUGCCUGCCACUCUGCUGCCGCUGACACUCACUAUGGUGCUUUUUCUUGGACCUCUGACCCAGCUGGCAAUUGAGAGCCCAAGAGGACUUUUUCAUGAUGUUAAAACAGCCUUGAAUUCUCGGUCCUGGAGCAAGUGUGUGAAGGAUCUGCGAUGGCUGCGGAACCACGUGGUGGCUCCAUUAACAGAGGAGUUCGUCUUUCGAGCGUGUAUGAUUCCCAUGUUGGUACCAUGCAUCGGUCCCACUGCUGCCAUCUUCAUCAGUCCGCUCUUCUUCGGUGUGGCACAUUUCCAUCAUAUCAUUGAACAGCUUCACUUUGGACAAGACACUGUGUUUGAAAUCCUAAUUUGUGCAGCUUUCCAGUUCACUUAUACCUCCAUCUUUGGAGCUUACACCGCCUUCAUAUUCAUAAGGACAGGUCAUCUGGUGGGACCCGUGUUGUGCCACUCGUUUUGCAACUGGAUGGGUUUUCCUGCCAUUGGCUCAGUUUUACUCCAUCCACAGAGGCCUGUGAUUCUGUUCUUUUACCAGAUGGGUGUUCUGCUCUUCCUCAUCCUCCUCUUCCCCUUCACAGAUCCUGCUUUCUAUGGCAUGAGCCCCAUCUGCAGUCUACUGCUUACACCUCGCUCUGCCUGCACAUGACACAUCUUCACGGUGCCUGGGUGGAAAGUACCUGAAAAUAUUUCACAACAUGAUGGGGCAAGAGAUCCCUUCCUGAGAGCAUGAAAGACAGUAAAUGAAGCAUGUUGCUUUCAUGCAAAAGACUCAUGCAAGUAUACAUUCAUCAGCAUAGAUGCCAAGUUAAUGACUGUCAUAUUUCAUUUCUUUGCCUUUUUGUGGUAAUAGUUUUCAAAUUGGAGUGUAGAUCAGUGGCUCAUUCGAAUGAUUUAUUUUUUCAUGUCCCCUUAUUUCUCUUUCAUUCAAUUAAAGUGCAGUUAUCAGCUGUUAUGUUGUUAAAUUAAAACCAGAUGCUGAUGUGUAUAUAGUAGAUGAGAUGCCAUUCAACAUUUAACACAGAUCUCAGUUGAGCAGCAUUCUCUGCCUUGUGUUCUAAAAGGAUUUUCAUUUACAUUGGGUACCAUUACAUAUAAACCCUUAUAUUGAAUGGUAUCCUUCAUGUCCCAUGAUUCUUUGUGUGAAUUAAACUUCCAGGUAAACAAUCAGCUAAUGAGCUUUUUGUCACUUCAUCCCAAAAGCUAAGAUGAGAAGGUGUCUGAAAUUCUAACCACCAUCCGAAAGGUUAUAUAUUGAUACUGUAUGUAAGUGUAUGUACAUUCAUUGUUGUGUAAAUAGUUACCCUUGCUGGUUAUAAUUUAUUAUCAUGUACACUACCCUUUCUUAAUUUUGUGGUCAGUAAGCUUUUUUGGUCCCACUUUAGGUGACUUUAACUAUACUAACAAUUAAAUUAAUCAAUUGAUACAAUGCACUUAUUAUGUACAUACAUGAUUUUACAUUGUACUUAUGUUAUUAUAAUUACCUGCAUGUAAUUACAUCUGUAAUUAAUCCUGUAAUUACAGCUAUAAUUACACUGUUAACCCUUCCUUUCCCUUUUAACCAACCAAUAAACCUGUUUCUAACCAUA